AUGCCCCAACUCAAUCCUGCCCCCUGAUUCACUAUUUUAAUGUUUUCCUGACUAAUCUUCCUAACUGUCAUUCCACCAAAGAUUUUAGCUCACACUUUCCCUAAUGAGCCAACCCAUCAAAGCACAGAAAAACCAAAAACAGACCCCUGAACUUGACCGUGACACUAA